AUGCUCCAAUCUGAGUGGAUCUCGUUACUCUGCGAAGAUGAGCAAGGCAAGUUCAAUGGUGACUCGGGCAUUAAGAUCUCCCAGUCCCAGGAACCACUCUCCGAGCUGGAGAAGUCCAUGGAUGCCAUCAUUGAUGUCUUCCACCAGUACUCAAGACGGGAAGGGGAUAGAGACACCCUGAGCAAGAUGGAGCUGAAGCUUCUGAUUGAGAAGCAGCUUGCGAACUACCUGAGGCAUGUGAAAAACAAGGCCACCAUUGAUGAAAUCAUGAAGGACCUCGAUAUCAAUAAGGAUGCGCAGAUCAGCUUCUGCGAGAUGAUGUUGCUGAUCACCCGGGUGACCAUUGCCACCCACGAGCACCUCCACGAGGUCGAGGACCAGCAGCACCAACAGCAGCACAAACACCAACACCACCACUGA